CUGAGUUGCGGUAAAUAGCUUGGCAUCAUGGGAACCUUCGGGGGUCAUGCUCUUCCUGGGUCUUUCUUCAUUAUCAUGUCCCUUUGGUGGGUCAUCUGUAUUUUCAAUCGGUACUUCAAGUCGCUGAAACGAAACACCCGAUUCAAAUCAUCCGUAAUUUUUCCAUUCCUUUGCUGUCCAGGAAGACUUAAAGAAUGGCCCUUGGAAGCCAUGCUAAAACUUCUCAUGGUGUCUGUCGGAUUUUCACUGGAAAUUUACACCGCCACAAGUAAUGGAAAAUUCUUUGUCCUUGGAAAUGGACAGCAUGCCACUAUGUUUUUCUUUUUUGGUAUCACUGCCGUAAUAGACUUACUAUUGUUUUACGAAGUGCCAUUGCCUAAGGAUGUAGACUAUGUUUCAAAUAUCAUUGCCAUAGGAAUUGAAGGACUUUUGUUCAAAUUUCAUCUCCAUGGGCGAUCACACUUAGAUGUACUGCUGCAUACGCUACUUAUUUACACCAUUGCUUUAAAUACAGUAGGAAUAAUCUUAGAAAUGAAGUAUCGUAACAGUGUUUUGUGUGCUCUUUCCCGGUGCUAUGGGUUUUUACUCCAAGGAACAUGGUUCUGGCAAGUUGGAUUCAUCCUCUACAACCCAAAUCCUAACCAUAUUCCCUGGAAACCGGAUGACCAUGAUGAUUUAAUGAUUGCAACUAUGUUCUAUGCCUGGCAUGUUGCUGCAGAUUUCCUUCUAAUUCUGUGCAUUGGUGGGGUGAUAGCCUUUAUUCAUCGUCGAUGUGGAGCAUACGGUGAAAAAGAUGAAUUUGCCAUGGAAAGACUGAUCCAUACAAGUUCCAAUGGCCAAACCUUGAUCUCAAUGCAUGAGGAUAGUGACAGUGAUAUUGAAAUCCAUAAACCUGUAUCCAAAUAAUCUAGGUCUGUUAUCCAGGUAAUCCAGGCCAUUGUAUGCAAAUGAUCGAUGCUCUACUCCUUUCAGCCGUAAAAUUUUGGACAGGUGUAGAAGUUAGAACACAUCAAUUAAGUAAUGUCUAUGGUAUUUAACCUACAGUGUAUUUUCAUAUCCAUAUACAUGUAU